AUGCUGCGUCAAGCAGCUCGAUCGCCUUGCUGGCGCACUCCGGCGCGGUUCGUCUCCCACCGUCCCGCCUUUCCGCGAUCGAAUCCAGUCUCAGCUGCCCUGGGAGUUUCUCAGCUUAGACCGUUCUCGUACAAGAAACAGACGGACGAAACUACGCCUUCCGAUAAAAAGACGCCCACACCCGAGCCAACCUCGUCCCCAACAUCGGCCAAACCCGCUGCACCAAGCCCACAGAAGACACAAAAUGCGGCGACUGCAAGAAAGGACCUGCUUAGUGAAAGCACGGUUGCGAACAAGGAACAGAGGAAGGCGGAUUGGGCUAUAAUGAGGGAAAUGGCAAAAUACCUUUGGCCGAAGGGUGAUUGGGGAACCAAGCUUCGUGUAGGAACCGCCCUGUCGUUGCUAGUUGGCGCAAAGGUUCUGAAUGUCGAAAUACCCUUUUACUUCAAAAGCAUCGUUGACUCGAUGAACGUGGAUUUUGCGUCCGUUGGCGGAACUGCUUAUACAGUGGCGGGGUCCAUGAUCAUCGCCUAUGGGGCGACGAGAAUUGGAGCUACUCUUUUCCAAGAGCUUCGGAACGCCGUGUUUGCAAGCGUCGCUCAGAAGGCAAUUCGCAAGGUUGCGCGAAACGUUUUCGAGCACCUGUUGCGGUUAGAUCUCAACUUUCAUCUCUCACGACAGACGGGAGGUUUGACAAGAGCUAUUGACCGCGGAACGAAAGGCAUCAGCUUUCUCCUGACGUCAAUGGUAUUUCACGUCGUACCUACCGCUCUGGAGAUCACGCUUGUGUGCGGCAUCCUGACGCAUCAAUAUGGUCUCAAAUUCGCUGCAAUCACUGCCACAACCAUGCUGGCCUAUUCAGCUUUCACAAUACUGACAACCGCUUGGAGGACAAAAUUCCGAAAGCAGGCCAAUGCAGCGGAUAACCGGGGGGCUACGGUUGCUGUAGACUCUUUAAUCAACUAUGAGGCUGUGAAAUACUUCAACAACGAGAAGUUUGAAGUUGCGCGUUAUGACAAAGCACUCAAGGCAUAUGAAGAUGCCUCUAUUAAGGUCACCACUUCCUUGGCUCUUCUCAACUCCGGUCAGAACAUGAUCUUCUCAAGUGCGCUUGCCGCUAUGAUGUACCUCGCCGCUGAUGGGGUUGCCGCCGGAACUCUCACUGUUGGUGAUCUGGUUAUGGUAAACCAACUUGUCUUUCAACUCUCCGUGCCGCUGAACUUCCUGGGAUCUGUAUACCGCGAGCUGCGCCAGUCGCUGCUUGACAUGGAAACAUUGUUCAACUUGCAAAAGGUCAACGUCAACAUCAUAGAGCGACCCGAUGCCAAACCUCUGGAGCUUAGGAAUGGCGGGCAGAUCCGAUUCGAGAACGUGACCUUUGGGUAUCAUCCUGAGCGUCCAAUUUUGAAGAACGCUAGCUUUACGAUUCCUGCUGGACAGAAAUUCGCUAUCGUUGGCCCUAGCGGCUGCGGCAAGUCCACCAUUCUGCGACUCCUUUUCCGGUAUUACGACGUGCAGGAGGGACGGAUCCUGGUUGACGGUCAGGAUAUCCGGGACGUCACUGUAGAAAGCUUGCGUAAAGCGAUCGGCGUCGUUCCCCAGGAUACGCCAUUAUUCAACGACACGAUUGAACACAACAUUCGCUAUGGAAGGCUGGAGGCAUCCGAUGAGGAGGUGCGCAAAGCCGCGCGCCGAGCACAUAUUCAUGAGCUUGUCGAGAGGCUUCCCGAUGGCUACCGUACCGCUGUCGGCGAGCGUGGAAUGAUGAUCUCCGGUGGAGAAAAGCAACGACUGGCUAUUUCCCGAUUGCUCCUGAAAGAUCCACAGUUGCUCUUCUUUGACGAAGCAACGUCUGCCCUCGACACUUACACAGAGCAAGCUUUGUUGCAAAACAUCAACAGCAUUUUGAAGGAGAAACGACGGACCAGCGUCUUUGUGGCGCAUCGCUUGCGGACGAUAUAUGAUUGCGACCAGAUUUUGGUGCUGAAGGAAGGACAAGUAGCGGAGCUAGGGUCACACCGCGAACUUCUGGAUUUGGAUGGCAUCUACGCCGAGCUCUGGAAUGCCCAGGAAAUGUCACUGGCACAAGAUCCAGAAUACGAACGCAACGCCGAGCUCGAGGGAGAGACGGCAGGAGAGGACAAAGACAUGGCACCGAAGAAGUAG